AUGGAAUAUGGAAUUUCAUCAGCUUUCGCUUCGUCAUCAUUCUCAUCUAUUUUAUCAUUGUCAUCGUUUAGAUCUGUAUUAUCAAAUAAUAAUGAUAAUUUAAUAUUAGCUACUGGAUCAGCAUGUCCAUCAAAUCCUGGAAUUGUAUGUAGUCAUGAUUAUAUAUUAGUGGAUGAUCGUAUAUCUAAUGUUUAUGACGGUACAAUUAACAAUAUACCAAUAAUUCGUUUUUGUUUAAUCAAUAAUUCCACAUUGAAAACAAUCGCUACGAAGACAAAAACAAAAUUACCAGAAGUAGAAAUGAUCAAUUCAUCAUUAUCUUCUCCUUCUUCUUCGAUCUCCUCUGGAUAA